AUGGUACAUGGGUCUCCGACAGAUAACGGAGCCUGGAGAUGGGUUGUAGUUUUUGGUGCAUUCAUUUCGCACUUCAUAACUUGUGGCUUUGAGAAGGGAUAUUCGAUCAUUUAUGUCGAAAUCAUACGGGUAUACGGUACAAGUGCUGCGAUGGCAGCAAGUCUCGGAGGUUUCGCAUCAGCAGUUCGUUUACUAUUAGCUCCUUUGUCGGUUUCAUUGAGUAAUAUUUAUUCUGAACAGAAAGUAGUAAUGGCCGGUGGGAUACUAACGUUUCUGGGUCUGCUCAUAUCAGCAUUAAGUGACCAUUUCGCCCUUGUUUUCAUCGGAUAUGGAGUUAUAUUUGGUUUCGGAUUAACUCUUACAUUUACACCCUCACUAGUCAUAUGUACAUAUUACUUUCACGAACGUCGUGCUACCGCUCUCAGUCUUUCUCUAGCUGGAUGUGGCUUUGCCACAAUGAUUUUGCCGUAUUUUUUCUAUUACUUGAUUUCUCAAUAUGGACUCUCUGGAGCUCUGAUAAUGCUUUCUGCUUUCAGUUUGCAUUAUUGUGUUGCUGGUGCUUUAUACUUCAAAAAGAACUUCGUAAAAGAGACUGCUGAAUCCAAAUUUGACUCAGAGAAUGACAAACUGACUUUGCGCUCGCGAGUUUCCAGGUAUCUCUGCUUGCUAUUGAGGAUCAAAAUUGCAUCUGGAGUAUGGGUGAAACUGUUUUUAUUUUCAUUCAUCUUGAACAUGAUGGGCUCAGGCCCAGUCACAACCCUAUUAAUCGAUUAUUCGAAGCAGCUAGGGGUUAUCGGCGCUCAGUCAGUACAAUUACUUGCUAUUGAAGGUACAGUACAGUUGGUGAUGCGGAUAGCUCUGGGAUUCAUUUUCGAUUACCGUUUCAUAAAACCUCAUAGAGGUAUUAUAUGGACUGGAGGAAUAGCAUUUUCUUCUGUAAUAAUUAUCUUUAUUGCAUUUGCCUCUCAAUUGAAGUAUUUAUCCGCUCUUAUGUUUUUGCGAGGGUUAUUUUUGGCUCUUUAUAUCUCUCAGCAAGCUGUGGUUUUAUCGGAUUUAUGUGAAGGACAACCAGAAACAACGAGUCAAACAAUUGCUAUUGCACAAAUCUGCAAAGGAUUAGGAACGUUGAUUGGAUCUUACUUUUCUGGUCUAAUCAAAGAUUAUACUGAAGAUUAUCGUCCUGCCUUUAUUUUCCUUGGUAUAAUGCAAUUCAUUGGUUUUAUCACAGCGAUUACUUCUAUUAUGUGGGUGCGAACAAAUUUACGUAAAGAAAAAUGUUUACUUGCUGCUGACAAUUUAUUAUCUAAUACUAGUGUUGCAAAUGUUUCAGAAGCUUCAUUAUCACAACCGGUGUUAAAUGAAAAUGAAACCUCAAAUAAUAAUCAACUUAUAACAUAUCUUCACGUCUUACACAAUUCAAGAUGGAUUAAUCAUUUAUCAACCUAA